AUGUGGGAACUCAAGUCGACUGCCUUUGCCGCUCCGGUUAAGAAGAUCAGCAGUGAGCGCGAUGUGGUGACGUUUCACGAGUCAAUUGCUGAAGCCCUGCCUGGGCGGCGGUUGACGGAGCCUGAACUGCAAUCGCAAGCUAGUGAGCCAAUAUUGGGGUUGCUACAGGUCCUGGAUAUUUUGGACCGAUAUAUCGCUGAAUGCCCUCCGAAGCCUGGCCCAAGACGCUUCGGAAAUGUCGCGUUUCGAACGUGGACGAAGCAAUUGGAGGACAAUGCGGACCUCUUGUUGAGAGAACACCUACCCGAAUCGGUACAGACAGCAAUGCCAGAACUACUACCAUAUUUUACCGGCUCCUUCGGAUCUGGUCAGAGACUGGAUUACGGAACGGGGCAUGAACUAUCGUUUGCGGCGUUCUUGUGCGGGUUGUAUCUCCUGGGCGUCCUAAGGCCCGGACAGGAUGACGCGGCGCUUGUAUUGCUAGUGUUCAACCGGUACUUUGGUGUUGUCCGCCGGUUGGUUCGGACGUAUACGCUUGAGCCUGCGGGGUCACAUGGUGUGUGGGGUCUCGAUGACCACUCGUUCUUGCCAUAUAUCUUUGGGUCGGCACAACUGAAGGAUACUGAGGGUGUGCCGCCGACAGCGUCCGUUACCGAUCGGGCAUUGGUGGAACGGUAUAGAGGUGACAAUCUCUAUUUUGGAGCGAUAGGGUUCAUUAACGACGUGAAGAAGGGGCCGUUUCAUGAGCAUUCGAGUAUGCUGUACGACAUCUCCGGCGUGCAACUGUGGUCGAAGAUCAAUCAGGGCAUGUCAAAAAUGUACGAUGCAGAGGUGCUGUCGAAGUUCCCUGUCGUGCAACAUUUCCCGUUCGGUCCCGUUCUGUUUCCAUUUGAAACUUCUGCUCUCCUUGGGCCAAAUGAUAAUGAAUAG